UACUGAAUAUGGCAGAACAUGCUCCAGAUGUGAGCUAUUCCAGCACGAUUAUGCCUUGCUUACAAGACACUCAUGCUUUAAAUACACGUGUCGUGACUGGACCCAGCCGUAAGGUGUACGACUCUACGCUGGCUCUACAUAGACAAUGUGGCAAUGCCAACAGUAAGCGUUCCCGCCCCCAUCUCUACGGGGUUUUAGCCAACGCGUUCAAAGACAGAGUCCUCUGAUUGGUGAAACAUGUCCGAUGCCCUCGCGUAGCACACACGUUGUGCGGCGUCCUCUUCAGGGGUGAUCAUCGCUCCAUCGCCCCCCGUAACCGUAUUAACCUUUCCCCACUCCGCGUGGUACCUGGGUAUCAUCCACCUCAAACUCACAGCCACGAGCCAAACAGUACAAGUCUUGCUGUUUCAAACACCCACAAACAUCCAAAGCAUAAACAGCGGCGAGCCAAGCGUCACGAUUCAGGCUCCGAUCGAACGGCAGGCCGUCUAAAAGUUAUCGACUGUGACCCGGCAUUCAUCUGCGAACGCACGCACUCCCUUCCUCCCGUGUUUCGUCUUCUAUUUUUAUGGUUGUGAUCGCCGGCCGACAAUAGCGACCUCGUCUUUUCUUGACUUCUUUUCCACUUCACACGUCAAUUCCACAACGACAUCGAAAUGAUGCCAGGCGCGAACCUGUAUCUCCCCAACAGCCUCCACAAAUCACCAACACCGUCUGCGCAACACGCUAAAACGUCAGACCCGGGUACUAAAUACUUCGAUCGGAGACCGAAAAGCAAGAGCACUGACUCCGAACGUCCUUCAAUAGCGCUCUCCAGAGUCUCUUCAGAGAAUGUCGUCCAUGUCUUCUCAUCCUUACCCAUAGUAUUCGACUUCGCCAACUUCGCCUUAAGUCAAGACAAGAAACUCUCGGGAGACUGCCAAACAUUCGUCAACUUGCUCCAGCGCGUGCGCCAAGACGUCAACGAAGUAUCGCGACUGUACGGAACACGCGCAAUAACAGACUACCUCCAAUCUUGGCCGGACAAAAAAGUCUGGAUUGACAACAUCCUGCUGGACAUCCAGCGCGCGCUCAACGACAUCGGUGCGCAGAUCCAGGCCGUGCGGGUAUCCGGAGAUGACGGAGGCGCUGCCAGCCUAAAACGAAAAUUCGACUGGGUGCUGUCCCACCAUAAGAAGCUCUUAGGCAAGCAACAGUACCUUACUACCUGUCACCAGAGCCUCAUGGCGGCCGUACAAGUCAUGAAUGCUGCUGAGAUGAGCUACACCGGGGUCGAUCGAUAUGGUAGCGAGACGUUGAGAGGCCCACAUGUAAGGCAGAAGCUACGAUUGACCUUGAAGAACAAUUCGCUGCCAAGCAUUACGGUAUCGGAAGUCGAGGGGAGUCGUGUGGAAGUGCCUGCGGAGAACCUACCCAUCGAACUACCGGGCAGCACACCGGAUGAUAUGCCGGCUCCUGAUGAUAUGGAUCUUUAUGCGCCGCCACCUGGGAAAGAUCUGUUUGCAGUGCCCCCCGCAAGACAGAGAUCGCUUUCUACGAGCGCAGUACCCACGCCGCCUGAAGUUAUCGAGCAACCUAUUGUUUCUGUCCCUACUAAAGAGAAGCCCGCUCAAGUGUAUAUCGCGUAUAACCCGAGAUAUUCAUUAUUGCCACCCAGGUCGCAAACCGUCGACGUUCUUAAGGCACCGGAUGCGGGGGAAGAAAAAGAUGAAGCUCCGCCUGUGGAACUUCCCGCGAUAAGCCCAGAGAUUGUGGCUUCACCUACCGAAGAGUCAAAUAUUACUUCUCAAGUCGCUACUUUACACGAAAAACCCGAGAUUGUGCCACCCAUGAUCAGUCCACUUGUAGCCAGCCCUCCGCCAGUGGAACCGCCAAAGAAGACCUCAAUAUUCAAUAUGAUGUCUUCUCCCAAGCAAGCAGGGUUAGAGAUAACACCAUGGCCUGCUCGCUCCUCGUCGAAAGCGCCUCCGAAAGCACCUCCGCAACGCAAGACCUUUGACAGGAUAAAACCAUUGCCUUUGUACACGCGAUCACGAUCUUCGGACGCCGUCGGUAGACCAAGGGCACUGACUGAGCAAUUACAAAGCCUCGAAGACAGAGCACGUGCAUCAUUUGAUUCCAAGCCGAAACCCAUGCCUGUCGUGGAAGAGAAGCCUGCGAAUGUUUAUAACACUGCGGCUUCUGUCCGUGUUUCGACAGUGUCUCCAUUAAACGGUCCAAAACUAAAAGAGGUCAGCGUGAGAAAGCCGCCGCUCAAAAGUAACUCUCUGCCUAUGGAGCUUCCGGACCUAUACAGUACUGGAUCGCUGAUGGACGAACUCUCUCACUGGGUUCUUCCGCCCGGAGCACGCACGAGCGUCCACAGUCUAGAAACGAGCGAGUCUUUAGACAUGUCGACACCCGCCACUUCGGUCGGCGGCUCUCCGGUCAUCAAUGAACCUAGCGAUACUAAAGAUACUGAAGCUACUGUAACACUAUCACCGACAGCUGUCGCCCCCUCUGAGGCUCUGAAAUCACCUUCCGGGUACAGUUUAUUCCCAUCGACACCAACAACGCCAGGCUUACCUUCAAGACCUCCGCCGCCACUUCCGAAGGAUCUUCUUCCGCGUAUUGAAAAACCAAAGACUAUAGUCACCAACAAACACAGCGCUCCGCAGAAUGCGAGCAGGCCACUUUCACCGGAGGGACCCGCACCUACACUACCCCCUCGACCCAGGGUAGAAAUAACAGAACCUGAGGACAACAAAACCGUCGCCAACCCACCAGCUCCAGAAGAAACUCCUCCAGCGUUACCCCCUCGUCCCUCUCGAAGCCACUCACCAGUAGCACCCGACCCACCAACAGCACCGCCAUCCGGGCCCGUCCCGUCCCUCCCUCUCAGAAUCCCCACCCCCCAAGCCUCCUCGUCCUCCCUUUCCAACGACGCCGAAUCAUCGCCCCUCAAACGCGGCCCCCAAUCCCGACAAGGCUCGCGAGCCCCCUCAAAGACGCGCCAACCAACCGAAGACACCCCAUCAUCCACCUCGCCGUCCACAACAACCACGCCACACCACCACCCGCAACUCUCUACCGAAAAAGCCCUCCCCAUCCCACCCGAACUCCGCACCCUCACCGAACAGCUAAAAAGCUCCUCCAAACCCGCCUCGCCGAUCCCAAACGCUUCAGCGUCAUCAACGCCCACGGACCCCCUCCGCUCCCGCUCAAAAGUAGACGUGACUAUGGAAGCGCAUCCUGGGACCCUCGUUGUCCAGGUCCCCUCGUUCCCUGUUGAAGCCGAUGAUAUUGUCCCCAGUGCGCUUUCACCGCCCACGUCGGUGCAGAUGGAGUUGCCGCCGAUCGAGACCUCGUCGCAUGUGCAUGCGGAGACCGGGUGCGUGAGGCGCGGGACGAAGUGUGAGUCGAGGGUUACGGCGCAGACGAAGAGGAGGCAGGCGCAUGCGAGACGGAUGCAGGCUGCUGCUGCUGAGGAUUAA